CCUGGAUGUAAACAAAUAUGGCGGAAGACACGUCAGGCGUUCUGGAGCAGUUCGCUGAUGACGCUGUCUACAAGCAGUUCCUCCACGACGACUUCGAUGCGAAAGCUGUCGCAUGCAACGCCAUUCAAGACCUCGCAAUCUCGCAGCACCUCGCGAAACUUGCUACUGGCAUCUCACUUUUGGAUAAGGAACUCCACAGCCAGGUGUCCGCUCACUAUGAAGACCUUUUGGCGCAAGCGUCCGGGAUCGAAACCUUGGAGGGGGCCUUGCAAACGAUGUGCGCCUCGAUACAGAACUUGCAGGCGACGUCUGAAAGACUCCAGAGCAAAGUGGUCGAGCCUUACAACAAGAGCUGGACCCAGACGGCCAUGCUCGCCAGGCUGCAGCAAACAUGCGACAUGAUUCGACGGAUGGGACGGCUGUUCCAGAUCGUCAAGCGCAUGCGAGCGCAGCUCCAAGGCGGCGCCAAGGAUAUCACCAAGGCCGCCCAGAGUCUCAGCGAAGCAGACCAGCUGCUUGAAGGUGUGGACUUGAGUGGCAUCGACGUGGUUCAGGAGGAACUUGCUGUCCUUGAAAGUGCUCGACAGGAGUUGGAGAGGCAGGGAGAACGCAUGCUCGAAAAAGGCACAGAGUCCCAGAACCAGGCUCAGGUGGGCACAGCACUGCAGGUGUUGUUCCACCUGCAACUGCUGCAGCCACGGGUGCUCCAACUCGUACGCACCACACUGGAGCGCCUGCGUGACACCGUGCAACAGGCCCUGUCAGUCGGAAGCCUGGAUCAGCAGGCGACCGCUUCCUUUGGGAGCAGAGGUCCAGGUCGAGCGGCCAUGCCGGUGACUGGAAGCAGUGCUGCGUUCCGGGCAGCCCUGUGGACCAGCAUGGACCGACUGGUGGACAGCGUCUGCCAAGCCUGUUGUCAGAUCCAGCAGCUGGAGCAAGUUCUGGCCAAGAAGAAAGACCCCGUGACGCACGUGGUUUUUCUCCAGGAGCUGCAGAAGAGUGGGCAUGGGGACAUUCUGCGAACCUUCUGGCUCUCUCUGGCUGAGAUGCUUUCUGACGAAUUGGCCAAGGCUGCAGCUGUGCUGACAAGGGGGCUACACAUUGUGCCAACGUACAGUGAGCUGCGAGUGGCUUCGGUGGACAGCCGGCUGUGCCGCAUGGUGGCCAAGAACGUGGCGCAAGCCGUCCACCAGCUGGCUGCUCGUUGUGAGCAGCUUGCCGCCCUGGAAGGCUCGGAUGCCUUGCAGGUGAACGGCCCGGCCACCGCAGCCCAACAGUGCAAUGCCAGCCUGCUGCACCUGCUGCAUCUCUUCCAGACGCAGAUGGACGCGUUGUUGUCUGGCAAUGCAGUGGAAUCGCCCGAGGCUGCAUCAAUAGUCAAAGGAGCUCUGAAGUCGGUGGAGACUGUGAUCCAGAGCAUAGUGCAACCACUGCUGUCCGCUGUGAGCCAAUCGGUGGAGGCCAUCAUCCUGACCAUGCACGAGGAAGACUUCUGCACCCCUGCUGUGGACCGUAUGGCUGCCCCCGAUGCCCCCUGCUCGCUGUACAUGCGUGAGCUGCAGCAGUUCCUCUUGCACUGCCAGAACGACUUCUUCUCCUCGUGGCCACCCGCUGCUGCUGUCACACAGGGGUUGCGGGACCUGGCGUCACGUGCCUUGGAGCUGCUCGUGCGGCAUGCGAGCUUGGUUCGGCCGCUGGCCGAGGGUGGCAAAAUGCGGCUGGCCGCCGAUUUCGCCCACAUGGAAAUGGCGCUGGCACCGCUGGGCCAACCUCUGGCCGACUUGGGGCGUCCCUACAAGGUGCUCCGGGCUCUGCGUCCUCUGCUCUUCCAGAGUCCCCAGCAUGUGGCCCAGUCCCCCAUGCUGGGUGACGUGGUGCCUCAUUCGUUGAUGCUACACUUCCUGUUUGCCAAGGCACCGCCUGAACUUCGCUCACCGUACGAGGCGGCGUCAUGGUCCCGCAGUCGCUAUUCGAAGUGGCUUGAUGAGCACACAUCCGAGAAGGAGCGGCUAGUCCUAGUGCGUGGUGCAAUGGAGUCAUACGUCCAGACCGUGCGCCAACGGCAGGGCAAGGAGUUUGCGCCGGUCUACCCCAUCAUGAAGGAAAUCCUCGAGAAGGCCAUGGCCCAGGAGAGGGCCUGAUACCGCUUCGUUCCCACUGGGACUGACUCUUAGAUUGAAUCCUCGUGAAGGUGUUGUACAGCUCAGAUCCGUUCAGGGGAACUUGUGCUUUGUUAGCAAAAUAAAGGUGUUAUCGAUA